AUGUACGGCAUCAUUCUGUACACCGUUAUGUCGGUGAUAUUGUGGAUGAAUAUGGACUGUGCGUCAACUCUGAUUGUGACGGACGACCACUUCACGGAACUGGAAACCAAUAUACAGGCGCUCAAACAAAAGACGUCUGCACUGGAAGAUACGAACACGGUGUUGAGGCAGGAGAUCAUUGAGCUGAAAAGAAAAAUACCUGUACUGCAAGGUAAACACAGACCCGUCGUCUUCACGGCACAGUUUUCGCAGGCCUCCGUCGACAACAUAGCACAACGUGACACGCUCCGCUUUGACAACGUCCGCAUCAACUUGGGUAACGGUUACAACCCCGGGUCUGGCGUGUUCCGGGCGCCGCUGUCCGGGGUUUACCAGUUCCUACUUCAGACAGUGAGCAAGCCGAGACAGUUCCUGGCGCUGGAGAUUCUCAGACAGGGCGUCGUCGUUUCGGAGGCCUUCACCUAUCAGGGCGUCGAUUCUGAUUGGGGCGAUAUUGGAUUCUGCGCAGUCAUUCUUAGCCUCGAUAUCGGUGAUGACGUCUACAUCCGGAACCGCCUGGAUAAUGGCGGACUUUACGGUCUUCAUUGGACUCAGUUUUCGGGUGUCUUGCUUUCUUCUUGAACCAUGUGGAAAAACUAAAUUCAUCUAUAGUCCUUUCCAGCCUCCAUGAACAUUUUUUUUAUUUAUUAUUAUUACCUUUUUUUUCUUCUUUUUUUUCUUCUUUUUUUAAAAAUAAUUUCAGUUUGA